CUCCACAUUGAGAGUCCGGCGGGUAGAGCGAAGCAUCAGUGUGCUCUUAAGUGCCAAACUUACCGUUCUUCGGAGGAACUGCGCCGUCGGGAAGUGGAGUUGACAGAUUGGCUUCAGUGAUUUAGACAUCCUUAUCCUUUCUGGGAAUUCCUAUUUCAAUUUUUUCCCCUUGUGGCAUUGCGUGAGAGAGAUUUACGAGUCUGUGGACAUGUCUUUCUCUCAGCUGGGGUACCCCCAGUUCCUAAGUGCCUCCCAAGAGGUCUACGGGGGAGAUCGGGCUGGAUCUACCCGGGAAGGAGGCACCGAGGGAGGCGUGAAUUCGUCAGCUACUGCGGCUGCUGUUAGCUCCAUGUUGGGGAUGUAUGGAAGCCCGUGGGCGGCUCACAACUACAGUGCCUUUCUGCCCUACAGCGGAGCAGACCUCGCCCUCAUAUCCCAGAUGGGCUCGCAGUAUGACCUGAAAGACAGUCCAGGAGCCCACCCGACUGGCCUGGCUGUCCACGCCGCCCAAGGGUUCUAUCCGUACAGCCAGUACCAGUACGGUGACCCGUCCAGAGCUAAGACAGCGACCCGGGAGACCACUAGCACCCUGAAGGCUUGGCUGCAGGAGCACCAGAAGAACCCGUACCCCACCAAGGGAGAGAAGAUCAUGCUGGCCAUCAUCACCAAGAUGACGCUGACACAGGUGUCCACGUGGUUCGCCAACGCGCGCAGGCGGCUGAAGAAGGAGAACAAGGUGACGUGGGGACGCAGCGCGGAAGACAGAGACGGACGGAUCUUCAGCAGUGACAACGAAGACGAGCCAGAGAAAAACGGGAGCGAGGAUGAUGAAGAUGAAGAAAUUGAUUUAGAGACCGUAGAUAUCGAACGUUCUGAGGAGGACGGCGGGGAUCAGAGGGCCGGGGAGGGAGAAGGGUUAUUGGCGGCCAGUGAGGGGUCGGAUUCGGCUAAUUUAGACAACAAAAGGACGCUGUCUGUGGAGGCCCUACGAGGAAUGGAAGGGCCCAUUUCUCUUGUCAAGGCCCCGGUGGGCAAAGUGGAGAUUCCCCACAAUGGCCAGGAGUGCCAGAGGCCAGCACAGAGCAAGCCCAAGAUAUGGUCAUUGGCAGAGACAGCCACCAGCCCCGACAACUCUCAUAAACCCACGUCGGCUUUAACUGUCCCUAACUCAGCUUCUACCCCAUCUGGUCACCCCGCCUUAAUCCCAGGUCAUGGAAUAUACACAUGCCAAAUCGGCAAACUUCACAACUGGACCAACGCGGCUUUCCUCAGUGCCAACUCUCUGUUGAGCAUGCGGUCCCUUCUCGGAGCUAACGCGGCUGCCCACCUUCCUCUCCACGGCGCGCAGCUGCGUCAGGACGCGCGGGCCGCACGGGCGUCAGGGACUGAGGACGACAGCGACGACGAGUCGUCACAAAGCUUCAGUCCGAAGCGAGAUGAUGAAGAAAGUGACUCACACAGAUCUGAUUCUCCGAAGUCCUCAUUUCAUCUCAUCGCAGACAGAUCUCACCACGGAGCAUCUCAGCGGACCUUGACAUCUACGUUAUAAAGAAGAUAAUCUCUUUGAAGAAUAACUGGAAUAAUUCUAUUUAACGAAAAAACAAUUUAUCUAAAACUAUUUUUUUGUGGAAACAUGCAAUAGGGAACCUUAUUGCUGUUUAUUCUUUCAGCGCAGUAACAUGCAACAAAAUAUUCAUGUUUUGAACUCAAACUAGACAGCAUUUCUGAUUUAGGCUACUCCCAACGUUUGUCUUUUUUAUGUUUUACCCUUCAUUGUGUAUGAAAAGCUAUCGAAUUUGUAAAUAGGAGGAAUUUGUCUUUAAAGAAUAUAUUUUUGAGAAAUAAACUUAACCAUGGUCACAUA